GCGUCUCGAUGACGUCGACGUCCACGCGACGCUAUAAUAUACAGACCUGGAUUUGAAACGUGUGGUUGUGUUUGUGUUCCUGUUUGUUUGUUUGUUUGUUUUUUGUUAUCGUCAUUGAAUUGUGAUGUUUUCAUCGACAUGUCGGACUAAAGUUUCAGGCGGUCGAUUCAUCAGCUCUUAGAUAUAAUCUCUUCACUCAUGGCUGAUUAUCAGAUCGAUGACCCAAAGAUCGCGUUUGCUUACCUGCGUCCCUCCUGUGUCCUGCUGACCAAAGAGUCUACGCUGUCCAAUAUAGAGGCUGUGAAUGGCCACCUGCGUGGUGUUAGCGAUGGAGUCCUCCAACUCCUUCAGGAUUAUGUCCUCUUCCCUCUCCGCUUUGUCCUCAAGACCCCUGGUGCCAAGCGUGAGGGUGUUGUGCAAGCUGUCAUGGACGCUAUGACUUACGUUCUGGAAAAGACUUGUAUCCAGAACUGGGAAUCUCUACGUGACCUCUUUUCUGAGCUUUGCCUUUGCCUCUGCUGUCCAAAAGAUCCUGGAAAGCCAGCUCCAUCAUCAGAGGAGCUGAAGUUAGCAGUGCUACGAUGUCUGGAUGCUCUCAUGCAUUCUGCGUACGGAGAUGUGGCUUUCAGGCUGUACGAGCCUGCGAUGCUUCCCGGACUGGGAUCCGCGGUGUCGCUGUUCUUGGCUUUGGCAGAGCAAGAGAAAGCAAGAGGAGUGCAGGCAGCAGCGUUGAAGUGUCUCUUGUCUCUGUUCAUGCAGUGCGACUGCCAACAAACGCACAUAGAACCAGAUGAAGAGGAAAGAAAGUUGCUUGGAAGUACGCUGGCCUCAUUCCUACCAGGGAUCACUCGAGCCUUGAGCCAUGUGAUUAGCGGAGACAUGAGACAAGGGCAUGAGGUUAUAGUGAAAGCCAUGAGGGUUUGGUACACCACAGUGGGCCUGGUUAUGGCAGACAAACAGCUUCGGAACGACAGCACAGUGAGUGAGGAAUCACCCGGGUUGGGUAGGAUCGGAGAGCUGGUGGUGAAAAGGUCUCCAUCUUGGAGCAAGUCCACGUCUCAGAGACUUGCGUUGGCGUUGCAGAAAGUGAUAUCUUCUACCACAGCGCACCAACAUUGGAGAGUACGAUUGGAACUGGUCAAUUUGUCAGAUCAUCUUCUUACCCAGUGCAGCAAAUCAUUAACCGAAUGCAUUGGUCCACUUCUAGAGGCUUUAGUUGGUGCUGUCAAUGAUGAGGAACCUCGGGUUAAGGAGCGGUGCUCAGCAGUUCUGGCUGAGGUAUCUAGAAGAAACCAAGCUUCAGGAGAUCAAGCUUUAACCGACAUCCUGUCUGAAAACUUGCACGGCUUGGCGUCUUCUCUACCUCGACUCAUGAGAACGACGGACGACAAGCGUAAACUCUUUGUUCUCACUGUCUUUCUGGGUUACCUGAAGAUUCUCGGUCCUCAAGUAGAUUUGGUCUUGACAUCAGCGGUUCACCUUCAGCGUAUCUCCAAAGCGUUAAUGCAGGUGCUCGAGUUGGAUGUCACAGACGUUAGGAUCGUAGAGGAAAGAAGGUUUGCACCAUUAUGCGCCGACUUUGCACCGGAUGCCAGCGAGGUGCAGCGCCAGAGGAAGUACUUUCUUUAUUUUACAGACGACAAGAUCUUCUUCGCGUUGAAGCAGAUCUGCCGGAUGCUGGGGCACUAUGGAAAUCUUUAUUUACUGGUGGACCACUUCUUGGAGCUCUACAAGGAGUCAGCGGUUUAUCGCAAACAAGCUGCUCUGGUGCUCAACGAGGUCAUCUGCGGGGCAGCAGGAGUUGGGAGGGAAACAGAGAAUUCAGAGAUUUCCAAAAUAAGUCCCGAGGACCUAAAAUGUGCAGUCAAUUCCAUUAUUGAAGAAUACAUCAGUUUGAAUAACUGGCAUCUCACGACUGUAAUGGAAGACCUGGAUGGUGACAAGCAGGAGAAACGUCAUUCACCGCUCCGCUCUAUUUUAAGCCGAGUUGAUGGAAGCGCGCACCAACUCAUGCCAACGUUCAGUCCUAAAACUCCGACACUCCAUCAGCUGAACAGCAACAUUUGGCAGAUCUGCAUCCAGCUGGAAGGGAUCGGCUCCUUCGCUUUAGCUCUGGGUUCUGAUUUCCGCCUGCUUCUGAUGACUUCGCUCUACCCAGUGCUGGAGAAGGCAGGGGAUACUUCGCUGCUGAUCAGCCAAUCGGCUUUGAGUGCCAUGCACGACCUUUGUGUGGCUUGUAGUUACAGCUCGCCCAAGGAGCUGGUGAUCAGCAAUGCAGACUACCUGCUGAACGACGUUUCCCUGAAUCUGAGCAGACCCAGCGUUCACCCUCACGCCCCACGUGUCCUCGCCGUCAUGUUCGCUCACUCCGACGCUGCUCUGCUGCCUCUGGUGGCCGACGUGGUGCAGGACGUUCUCACGGCUCUGGAUCUGAGCUACGACCAGAGAUCGCGGCAGUUCUGUGCAGUCCUUCAUUCGCUAAUGAAGGCGCUGACGAGGUGGUUUAACAGCAGCGCUACAGACCUCGGCCGGACCUCCACAGCCAGCACACACACCCAGGAUCUCCAGACUCUAAACCUGCGCCAGUUUCUGUUGGAUUACAAAAAGCAGAAGGAGUUGGCUGAGGGGAUCGGUGCCGAGGAGGAAGAGGAGGAAGAGUCAGGGGAUGAAGCACCUCCUGAGGUAAAAGAGGAAGAGGAAGAGGACGAGGAAGGCCCUGACACGAAACCAGAAUUGCCCUUACACGUGUCUCUCGCCAAGGAUGUGAUGGAGCGCUGCGUUCACCUGCUGUCUCACCCCAGCCUGGGAAUACGACUGCAGGUGUUGGACAUUGUUGAGAUGUGUGUGAAUGUGCUGUCUGAGAUGGAGAACGAGCUCUUACCCAUGGUGCACCGCUGCUGGCCAGCACUUCUUCAGCGCCUCACCAAUGAUGACCCGCUCGCAAUACCCCGAGCUUACAGGGUGUUGUGUGUCUUGGGUGAGACAUGUGGAGACUUUCUGAGGAAGCGAGUGUCUAAAGAGGUCCUGCCUCGGCUCACGUCGUCACUUUCACGUCAGGCAGAGACGAGCGCUCGCUCCGGUCCGACGUACACGCACACACUCGCGUACAAGCUGCAGCUCGCCGUGCUACAGGGACUCGGACCUCUGUGUGUGCGCCUCGACCUGGUGGACUCGGAUCUGGACCGUAUCUCAGAAGCCUGUCUACCCUACCUGAGCUGCAGACAGCCAAUCAGAUUACAGGAAGCUUGCCUAAGUGUUUUCCGUCACGUGAUGCAGCUGGACCCGGACGCGUGCUGGUUCUCCCUGAGCGAGCUCUGCUGUCCCGAGGCGUAUGAGCCACCUCACACGCUGCUGUUCCCCGUGAAGCUGAGCGGGACGAGCCGAGCGAAGAGCGAAUACACACACAACGUCCUCAAACUGCUGCGUGAACUCCAGCCGUCACGGGAAGAGCAGAAUCCUCACACCAGCACUGAUUAACAGCUCUGUACUAUUGAUCCCUUUACAGUUAUAAACUCAUGAAGACUUGAAACUGACACUGGAGACUCACCAUAAACCUGUGUACGCUGUUCUGUCCUUAUAGACAAUAAAAUCUAAAUUAACAUCUUCUGACCAAUCAGAAUCAGGCAGCACAGGGCAAUAAACACAUAUGUCUUUAACAUCAGAUAAAAAUAACGAGCUGAAGCGAGAAAAAAGCGCCGUCAUUUCUAAGAAUGCUGUCUCCUGCUAAUGUGGCUAAUAAUGAGUCUGCUGAGAAAGCUAACGACUAUCUGUUACUGACAAUGAUAUUAGCCGUAUUUCAGGUCACUCCAUAAGUGCAGUACAUAGACUCUAUGUACCCUACAUAGUGUUUGCCUGGGAAGGACUUUGGGUUCAGCCAUUAGCCCUGGGAGACGGUAUUUUCAAUGUAUAAAUGCUAAUAUUUUGUCCGACUGCUUGUACGUUUUAUAAUAAACGUGAAUUCUUUG